AUGGACUCGAAAACGAACGAAGCACUUCUGGAAGCGUACACACAAGAAAUGGCGGCGAGAGCGAUAAAAGACAUUGAAAAAUAUCUGGAGGAGAACCCAUUAGCGGGCACGGAGCUCGAAAAAGAGCAACUGCUCGAGAAGGUGCUACACGAAGAGCAACAGGCCGAGUACAAACGGAACAUCGCCGAAAAUUUGCUCGAAGAGCACGAACAACUCAUAAAAAGUGAGAUUCUUUCGUAUUUUUUAAAUGUGAAAAUCCGAAUUCAGAAGCCGUAAAAAUGGAAAAUGAGCUGAAAAUGGUCGAAUCGAUCAAGGCGGAACGCGCGAAAUUGCUCCAAAUGAGAGCCGCCGAGCAGGAAGAAGUCCAUGGGGUGAGCAUUGUUCUGUUUUCUGAAAUUUAUGUCAAUGUCUCCAAUAAUAAAAUAAUUUUUCAGAAAUACCGUUCGAUGGACGCGAUGAUUCGAAUGAAACGAGAGACGGAAGAGCUGCGAGCGAUGUGCAACACGGAAAAAUAG